UGAAGGAAACGUGUGGGGUUCCUGUGGAAAUUCCAAGAUGGCGGACGCAGUGAGCAAAAAUUGUUUGAAGAUUCUUUGUAUACAUGGCUACAGGCAAAAUGCUAAAGUUUGUAGAGAAAAACUUGGAGCCUUUAGAAAGUCCGUGAAGAAGCUGCCAUUGGAAUUUGUGUAUAUAACAGCACCAAAUAAAAUCCCUAAAACAGUAUCUGGUGAAGUAGCAAAUCCAGAUGAAAAUGAGGAUUAUGGAUGGUGGUUUUCUACUCCAGAUGAUGAAUACGACCCUCUUGMACCAACAGAACUCAACAAAGGGUUUGAUAGCUCACUUGCACUGGUAACUAAAACAUUUAAAGAACAGGGUCCCUUUGAUGGUAUUUUUAAGUUUGAUUUUGCUAUCAUGGUGGCAUCCUUCAAAUCAAGAUCAUCAGCACACAAGAUUUAUUAUGAGAAGCCMAUAACAUGUCCUACAUUGCAUGUUUAUGGAGACACUGAUAAAGUCAUUCCUAAAGAAAAUAGUGAAGAGCUGGCUAAACUAUUUGUUGACUCUGUUGUAUUGAGCCAUUCAGGAGGGCACUUUGUUCCAGCAGCAUCAGCUCAGAAGAAAGUUUAUCUUGACUUUAUCGAAAGAUUUUUGUCCACUGCCAAAGAAUGAUAUGAUAUUUUAGAUUAAUCUUUCUUAUAAUAUUUUGCCUUAAAAUUAUCACAAAUUGAUAGGGAAAUGUG